AGGCAAACGAGCAGACGGAUCACCCGAUGAUUGGCCAGUUGAAAGCGGCCCACAUCCAGCGCCUGCUUGCAAUCAUAAAAGGUCAUCCGUCUACCUUGUGGGUGGACGUCCUACGCAGCGCUUGCCGUUCGACCCUGGUCAUCAGCAUGAAAUUCAAGUUCUGCUCCGACGGCGAUUGCCCUCUCUGGGCUCUGGCAGGGCUGCACGCUUUGAGCAGCCUCCCCGCCCCACUCUUCAGGACCUUGGUGCAGCAAGUCAUGGAGGAGGACCAGCCUGAUGACAGCAUCAUGGAAAUCUUGAAAGAUACCAGUUUAUCAUCCCGCGAAGAGUGCGCGCGCGCGUGCGCGUGCAUCCGCUGGGUGACGCGCCAAGCUUGGUCGUGCGCGUGCCCCGGCGCAGCUCUGACGCGGGACUUACUAGUGUUGGGGGUCCCGCGCGCACACGCCGCCGCCCUGGCUGACGCGCUCGACGCGCACAGAGCUGCUUAUGAGGACAGCGUGAAGGCUGGCGGCUUCGUCAUAAACAAAGUGACCGACGUAUCAGUAGCACCUGGGCCCUCCGAUUCUGCGGACACCCUCACGAUGUCCCUGUUUACCACCGAAAUCACCGGCGCACAGAAGAAGAGUGAAGUCCUCAUAGAAAAGGAAAAAGCUAUCCAGCUGCUGAAGGAACUGAAAACUGCUUAUAGCAAAAUGGAAGAGUUGAAUGCUGAAUAAAGUUCAAUUUUUGUACAUUCCUAUUUAUCAUACUUAUUCAUUACUGUUUAUUUAAUCUCUAGGGUAAUUUAUAAUAUUAAUAAAUAUAGCGUAUUUAAUAUU